CACAAGCUCCAAGCCUGCAUCAGGAAAACUCUUUUCAGCUCAACAGCAGGACAAGACGCCCCCAUUCCCUGACCUGCCUUGAACAUCGAGCAGAAUCACUUGCCUUUUCUUUCUCAUCUGAAGGAGUGAAGAACGCAGUGAUUCAGAGAUGCUGAGAAUUUUCAUAUUCAUUUGUGUUCUCACUUGGGACCUCCACACAGUGUUUGGACAAAACAGAGAUGGUGAAAUCAUCAAUCAGAUAAAGGGAACCAAUCAAGCACUGGCUGAGAUUAAAGAGUUACUGAAACAGCAGAUUAAAGAGAUUGUUUUUCUGAAGAAUACAGUAAUGGAGUGUGAGGCCUGUGGUAUGAGGGUAGAGCCAUCACGCCCGUCCUGUAACCCAAACCCCUGCCACCCUGGGGUGAAGUGCAUGGAGACAGCAGGGGGGAUUAAGUGUGGGCCAUGUCCUGAAGGCACGGAGGGCAACGGGACCUACUGUGCAGACAUUGAUGAGUGUAUCAUGAAGCCCUGUCACAUGGGUGUCCGCUGCAUCAACACGAACCCGGGGUUCCGCUGUGGCCCCUGUCCUGCUGGAUACACAGGCACCCAGGUGCAAGGAGUAGGACUCUCUUAUGCUUCCGCCAACAAACAGGUCUGCACAGAUAUCAAUGAGUGUGAAGGACCCACAAAUGGAGGUUGUGUGGAAAAUUCCAUCUGCAACAACACACCGGGCUCUUUCCGGUGUGGUCCCUGUAAACCAGGCUAUGUAGGGGACCAGCGGCGAGGUUGCAAGCCUGAGAGGGGCUGUGGCAAUGGGCAAGCCAACCCCUGUCAUGGCAACGCAGAGUGCAUCAUUCACCGAGAUGGGAGCAUAGAGUGUGCUUGUGGAGUGGGGUGGGCCGGCAAUGGAUACCUGUGUGGGCCUGACAUCGACAUUGACGGGUUCCCUGAUGAAAAACUGGACUGCCCUGAGAGAAAUUGUGUAAAGGAUAACUGUCUGACGGUGCCCAACUCUGGCCAAGAGGACGCGGACAAUGAUGGGAUUGGAGAUGCAUGUGAUGACGAUGCCGACGGUGAUGGAAUCUUAAACACAGAGGACAACUGUGUCCUGGUGCCCAAUGUGAACCAGAGGAAUGUGGACCAGGAUGAUUUUGGAGACGCCUGUGACAAUUGCCGACUGAUCACCAACAAUGACCAGAAAGACACUGAUGGUGACAGCAAGGGUGAUGCGUGUGAUGAUGACAUCGAUGGUGAUGGAAUCCGCAACGAUGUGGAUAACUGCAAGAAGGUGCCCAAUGCUGAUCAGAAAGACAGAGAUGGUGACAAAGUUGGGGAUGCCUGUGACAGCUGCCCCUACGUUCCCAAUCCCGACCAGAUGGAUGUUGACAAUGAUUUGAUUGGAGACCCUUGUGACACCAACAAAGACAGUGAUGGUGAUGGGCACCAAGAUUCUCGGGACAACUGCCCAGCUGUUAUCAACAGCUCCCAGGUGGACACGGACAGAGAUGGUCUGGGGGAUGAGUGUGACGAGGACGAUGACAAUGACGGCAUUCCUGACUUGAUCCCGCCAGGCCCUGACAACUGCAGGCUCAUCCCCAACCCCCUUCAGGAGGACUCUGACGGAGAUGGUGUUGGGAACGUGUGUGAGCAUGACUUUGACAAUGACACGGUCAUCGAUACGAUUGAUGUGUGCCCUGAGAACGCAGAAGUCACCCUAACUGACUUCCGUGCCUACCAGACUGUAGUUUUGGACCCGGAAGGAGAUGCCCAGAUAGACCCUAACUGGGUGGUGCUCAAUCAGGGACGAGAGAUUGUCCAAACCAUGAACAGUGACCCUGGAUUGGCCGUUGGUUACACUGCCUUCAAUGGGGUGGAUUUUGAAGGAACAUUCCAUGUAAACACUGUGACAGACGAUGACUAUGCAGGCUUCAUCUUUGGGUACCAGGACAGCUCCAGUUUCUAUGUGGUGAUGUGGAAGCAGGUGGAACAGAUUUACUGGCAGGCCAAUCCUUUCCGGGCAGUGGCAGAGCCAGGAAUCCAGCUGAAGGCGGUGAAAUCUGAAACCGGGCCAGGGGAGAAUCUGCGCAACUCUCUGUGGCACACAGGUGACACCGUCAACCAGGUGAAGCUGCUAUGGAAAGACUCCCGAAAUGUGGGAUGGAAGGAUAAGACCUCCUACCGCUGGUUUCUUCAGCACAGGCCCCAGGAUGGAUACAUCAGGGUGCGUUUCUACGAAGGGCCCCAAAUGGUUGCAGACACUGGGAUUAUCAUUGACACCACCAUGAGGGGCGGCAGACUUGGUGUCUUCUGCUUCUCCCAGGAGAACAUCAUCUGGGCCAACCUACGCUACCGCUGCAAUGAUACACUCCCGGAGGACUUUGAUACAUACAGAGUCCAGCAAGUCCAGCUGCAGUUCUAAUGAGGGGAGAGUCAAGUUCACUGCAAGGAAAUAUGAUCCGUUCCUUUAGGAAGACAUUCCAUCUGGAACCCCAGCAUUCCAGAACUGUCGCUGCGCAGUCCCGUGGUGAAGAGUGGUCAUGUAAGGCUACCCUCAACAGUAACACGCUGUUCCCUUCUAUGCCAGUUCUCUCAACAGAUUUGUUCUCCCUGUGAAAGUUCUGUAAACAUGAAGGUUCUGAGUGUUUGGUAUAUUAUUCACCAGGUACAUUUUUAACUUUAAUAAACUAUAUUGUACAUGUGUGGUUCUUUAUGAAUACAA